AUGGAUAAAAAAGGCAUCUAUCUAUCGAGGCUGACGAAUUUAUUCGGUGGCCCCAAAUACGACGGCAAGUAUCUGAAAGAGAUGGUUCAAGCAUUGCUAGGGAACCUCACUAUAAGCCACACAUUGACGAAUCUUGUUAUUCCUACCUUUAACAUCAAACGCCUCCAGCCAGUUAUUUUCACCACCAAUGAUGGUAAAGCAAAUGUUUCUAAAAAUGCUCUAUUAUCCGAUGUGUGCCUUGGCACCUCCGCGGCUCCAACUUAUCUCCCACCUCACUAUUUCGAGACCAAAGACACCGUAGGGCAAACACACACCUUCGACCUCGUGGAUGGCGGUGUGGCAGCAAACAAUCCCACACUAUUAGCCAUAACACAAGUCUCCAAAGAAAUAUUGAUGGGAAGAUUCAAGCUAGCAAACAUGCAGCCCAUGGACAGCACCAGAAUGUUGGUGCUGUCCCUCGGCACGGGGGUCGGUCGGCUUGAAGAGAAGUACAAUGCUAAGGAUGCGGCCAAAUGGGGCCUCCUCCGCUGGGUAUACAACGACGGUGCCUCGCCGUUGCUUGAUAUUUAUGGAGAUGCUAGCUCAGAUAUGGUUGACAUCCAUGUCUCCACCGUUUUUCAAUCAAUAAGCAACGAACAAAACUACCUGCGAAUUCAGGAGGAUGGCUUGGUGGGGGAUGCGUCUUCACUGGAUGUUGCAACCGAGAAGAAUUUGCAAACGCUUGUGCAAAUCGGUGCGGAUCUACUGAAGAAGCCGGUUUCGAGGGUGGAUCUCGAGACUGGCCGGCCGGUCCCGGUUCGAGGAGAGGGUACUAAUGGAGAUGCAUUGGCUCGAUUUGCCAAGUUGCUAUCUGAUGAGAACAAGUUUCGCCAUUCCAAUUAGUUAUACAAUAGUAAUU